CUCACCAACAGGGAACGGGAAAUGGACUUCCUCCGCCCUGCCUGCUCCAGUGGUGAUGGAGCAGUGAGGAUGCCAACGGCACGACGCGCCUGAGGAGAUUUGCUUUCCACUUCAUUCCCUAGCUUCCCACAUUGAGUCUUGUUGUUACCCGUGUGUUGCCAUGUUGCGCGUGGUGGUGGAAUCGGCUAAAGGGCUGCCGAAGAAGAAACUCGGAAACCCUGAUCCGAUCACUUCUGUCAUUUUUUCAGAUGAGAAGAAGAAAACCAAACAGAUUGACAGUGAGCUGAACCCUGUGUGGAAUGAGGUGCUUGAGUUUGAUCUGAAGGGCACUGGGCUGGACUCUAGCUCCUACAUAGACGUCAUUGUGAAAGACUAUGAAACCCUUGGGAAAGAUAAAUUCCUCGGGUCAACCAAAAUCUCUCUGAGAGACCUCGCCUCAGGCCAAAUGAGAUCACUGCCAUCCAAAAACGUCCCUUUGGUCAAUGCAAGUGGACAAAAUAUUGGCGCUACAAUCGAUCUUGUGAUUGGCUACGACCCUCCAGCCAAUGCCGCUCCAAACCUCAAUGACCCUCAGGCCGGAGAUGCCACAGUGGAUGCUGGUGGUGGUGGUGGUGAGGAGGGGGAGGAGACUUUACCAGAUGGGGGCCAAAGUGGCUCGGCAGGGGUCCCCUCGUCCCCCGGUCAGUCCGUUAACCGUCGUCAGAAUCGCCACCGACUACUCAAUAAACCUCAGGACUUCCAGAUUCGCGUCCGAAUCAUCGAGGCCCGUCAGUUGUCCGGCAACAACGUCAAACCAGUGGUAAAGGUGAAUGUGUGUGGACACACCCACAGGACGAGGAUCAAGACGGGAAACAACCCCUUCUUUGAUGAGAUAUUCUUCUACAACGUCCACAUGCUCCCAUCGGAUCUGUUUGAAAAGCACAUCAGCUUCCGGGUAUAUAACUCCUAUUCACUGAGAGCUGACAGUCUCAUGGGAGAAUUCAAGCUGGACGUCGGUUAUGUUUAUGAUGAAGCAGCCCACUGUGUCAUGAGGAAGUGGCUCCUGCUGAAUGAUCCAGAUGACUCCAACUCCGGGGCUAAAGGCUACCUCAAAGUCAGCCUCUUCGUCGUGGGGGCUGGAGACGAGCCUCCGGUGGAGAAGAGGGACUCGUGUGACGAUCAGGAUGACAUCGAGAGUAAUCUGCUUCUGCCGGCUGGUUUGACUCUGAGAUGGGCCACCCUGUCACUGAAGGUGUUCAGGGCUGAGGACGUCCCCCAGAUGGAUGACGCAUUCGUCCAGACCAUGAAAGAGAUUUUUGGGGGAGAUGGAAACAAGAAGAACCUGGUGGAUCCGUUCUUAGAGGCUCGCUUCGCUGGCAAAAAGCUGUGCACGCAGAUCAUUGAGAAGAAUGCAAACCCAGAGUGGAACCAAGUGCUGAACCUCCAAGUAAAGUUCCCCUCCAUGUGUGAGCGGGUCAAGCUGACAGUCUUUGAUUGGGAUCGUUUGACAGGAAAUGAUGCUAUUGGCACUACAUACCUUAACCUGGCCAAGAUAGCCUCCUCUGGUGGAGAGAUUGAAGCCAACACAGGGCAGUCUGAAGUGGGUUUCCUGCCCGUCUUUGGGCCCUGCUAUGUGAACCUGUACGGCAGCCCCAGAGAGUUCAGCGGCCUGCCAGACCCCUAUCAGGAUCUCAAUUAUGGAAAAGGAGAGGGCGUGGCGUACAGGGGCAGGGUCCUGGUCGAGCUGUCCACUAAGCUGGAGGGAAAAGCAGACAAAACAGUCGACAGUAUCAACAGCGACGACAUCCUGGUGGUGCAGAAGUACCAGAGGAGGAGGAAGUACAGCCUGUGUGCAGUCUUCCACAGCGCGUCCAUGAUACAGGAACCAGGAGAGCCAAUCCAGUUUGAGGUCAGCAUCGGUAACUACGGCAACAAAUUGGACACCACCUGCAAACCACUGGCCUCCACCACUCAGUAUAGCUGUGCUGUAUUUGAUGGCAACCACUACUAUUACCUGCCCUGGAUGAACACUAAGCCAGUGGUCGUGGUUCUCUCAUGCUGGGAGGACAUUGGCCACCGCCUGGACUCUGUCAACAUCAUCCUCUACAUUGCACACCGCCUGCAAUCCAACCUGGAGUUGUUUAAAACUGCCAUCUCGGCUAAAGUCUCUGACAACCAACUUGUAGAGGUGUGGCUAAAGUUGCUCAAUCAGCUGAUUGAAGACAUAGAAAGUUUCCCAACGCCGGAGCUGGAGGGCUGCUCCAACCUGACAUCCCUGGACCUUCAAAUCAAGAAGCUGCGAGAAAGCGCUUUGGCCAGCAUCAAGGACGGAGCCAGACGCAUGAGAGAGGAGGCCACCGAGAUCCGUGACACUCUGCCUGACUUGGAGACCUGGGCGGACAAACUUAAACUGCUGGCUGAGGAGCCCCAGAACAGCAUGCCUGACGUGAUCAUCUGGAUGUUACGGGGUGAGAAGAGGGUGGCCUACAGUCGCAUUCCUGCUCACCAAGUCCUCCACUCCACACACAGUGAGCAGGCCUGUGGUCAGCACUGUGGCAAGACACAGACCGUCUUCUUAAAGUACCCCAUGGACAAGAACAAGGGCCUGAAGGUGCCGGUUCAGAUUAGAGUCAACAUGUGGCUGGGUCUGGCUGCACAUGAGAAGAAGUUCAAUUCCUACACUGAGGGAACCUUCAGCGUGUUUGCUGAGCUGUACGAGAACCAGGCCGAGGUGUUUGGGAAUUGGGGGACCACAGGACUCGUGGGGCGCCACAAAUUCUCUGAUUUAACAGGCAAACUGAAGCUGAAACGAGAGUACUUCCUGCCUCCAAGAGGAUGGGAAUGGGAAGAUGAGUGGUUCAUUGACCCAGAGAAAGCUCUGUUAACAGAGGCCGAUGCAGGACACACCGCGUUCAUGGACGAGGUGUACCAAAAUGAGACUUGCUUCCCCGGUGGAGAUUGGAAGGCUGCCUCCGAGCAAUUCACUGAUGUGAAUGGAGAGAAGAGCCGCAACCCUGGAGAGUUUGAGUGUCCUCCAGGUUGGAUGUGGGAGGAGGAGUGGACCGUGGAUGACAACAGAGCUGUGGAUGAUCAAGGUUGGGAGUAUGGCGUCACUAUUCCCCCACAGGACAAGCCUCGGUCCUGGGUCCCUGCAGAGAAGGUGUACCACACCCACCGCAGGAGGCGGCUUGUUCGACAUCGCAAGAGAGCGGCACUCCCUGCAGGAGCCGCUGUGGAGAGGCGGGACCAAGGGGACGGCGAGGGCGAGGGCUGGGAAUUCUCGUCUCUGAUUGGCUGGCAGUUCCACAGGAAAGAGCGUUCUUCAGAUACUUUCCGUCGCAGGCGCUGGAGGCGAAAGAUGGCACCAGAGGACCGGCUCGGAGCUUCCGCCAUCUUCAAACUGGAGGGAGCGUUGGGUAUUGAUACUGACAAUAAAGAGAAAGGAUCCAAGGAUGCUACCAAGCUGUUUGGUGCCAACACGCCCACUGUGUCCUGCUCCUUUGACAGGUCACACAUGUACCAUCUGCGUGUCUACGUCUAUCAGGCACAGAACUUGGCUUCUAUGGACAAAGAUAGUUUUUCAGAUCCGUAUGCACACGUGUCCUUCCUGCAUGUUAGUCAGACAACAGAGAAGUUGCGGGCAACACUGAACCCGACCUGGGAUCAGACUCUGAUCUUCAAUGAUGUAGAGAUUUUUGGAGACCCCCAGAACGUUGCUCAGUGCCCCCCUGAAGUUGUUCUGGAGUUCUACGACAAUGACCAAGUGGGGAAAGAUGAGCUGCUGGGCCGCAGUGUUUGCGCACCACUGGUGAAGUUGACUCCAGGCAUGGAUCAGACACCCAAACUGCUGUGGUACCCUAUUAUCCAGAAAGGUCAAAAGGCGGGGGAGGCGCUGCUGGCGGCAGAACUCAUCCUUAAAGACAAGUUGGGCGAGUCAGAUCUUCCCCUGUUUCCCUCAAAGAGAGCAGAAAACCUCUACAUGGUUCCUCAGGGCAUCCGGCCUGUGGUGCAGCUCACUGCUGUGGAGAUUCUUGCAUGGGGCCUGAGGAACAUGGAGCCCUUCCAGCUGGCCUCGGUGUCUUCACCCAGCCUGGUGGUGGAGUGUGGGGGGCAGAGGGUGGAGUCAGUUGUCAUCAAGAACAUGAAGAAGUGCCCCAACUUCCCCAGCUCAGUCCUCUUCCUCAAAGUGCUCCUUCCAAAGGAGGAGAUGUACACGCCUCCCAUUGUGCUGAAGGUGAUUGACCACCGUCCAUUUGGCAGGAAGCCUGUGGUUGGUCAAUGCACCAUCACCACUCUGGAGCAGUUCAGAUGUGACCCCUAUGUCAUCACUGCAGAGGGAGCCAUGUCUUCCAAAAUGGCUAUGAUGGCUUCUCCUUCCAAGCAUCUCUCUAUUAACAUGGAGGAGACAAGACCACUGCUAGAAGCUCAGCUUGAAGAGAAGGAAAAAGAGACAGUCGAUUGGUGGAGUAAGUUCUACGCUUCAACUGGAGACCACCAGAAAUGUGGCCCUUACCUCAAAAAAGGAUACGACACCCUCAAAGUGUAUGAAUGUGGACUUGAGGAUGUCCCAGAGUUCAAAGGGCUGACGGAUUUCUGCUGCACAUUCAAGCUGCAGCGAGGCAAGAAUGAAAAUGGGGAUAGUGACCCCUCUGUGGUUGGAGAGUUAAAGGGUUCAUUCAAGGUGUACCCUCUGCCAGACGACCCAGGCGUUGCUCCCCCUCCCCGUCAGUUCAGAGAGCUGCCAGAGAGUGGACCUCAGGAGUGUCUGGUCAGGAUUUACGUGAUCCGGGCCAUAGACCUGCAGCCCAAAGACAAUAAUGGCAGAUGUGACCCAUACAUAAAGAUGACACUGGGUAAGAAGACGAUUGAUGACCGAGACCAUUACAUACCUAACACCACGGGCCCUGUGUUUGGAAGGAUGUUUGAGAUGACGUGUUACCUGCCCCAGGACAAGGACCUGAAAAUCUCUGUCUAUGAUUAUGAUCUGCUGAGCCGCGACGAGAAGGUCGGCGAGACGGUGAUAGACCUGGAGAACCGCUUCCUGUCCCGAUACAACUCCUACUGUGGCCUGCCCCAAAGCUACUGCAUUUCUGGUAUCAACAAGUGGCGGGACCAGCUGAAGCCGUCUGAGGUCCUGGAAAACCUGUCUCGUCUGAAAGGCCUGUCCAAACCCAGGACGGAAGACAACGGCACAUCAAUGAUCUUCAAUGGCAAAGAAUACACACUGGCUCAGUUUGAAAACAACAAGGAAAUUCAUGAGCACCUUGGUCCGGCCCGGGAACGCCUCUGCCAGCACGUGCUCAGAAAACAGGGACUUGUCCCUGAACACGUGGAGACCAGGACCCUUUACAGCUCCUUCCAGCCCAACAUCUCUCAGGGACGGCUUCAGAUGUGGGUGGAUGUUUUCCCCAAAAGCAUCGGCCUCCCUGGACCUCCCUUUGACAUCACACCACGCAAGCCUAAGAAGUAUAUCCUGCGUGCGGUCAUCUGGAACACCACAGACGUGACCCUAGAUGAGACCAGCAUCACAGGAGAACACAUGAGUGACGUCUAUGUCAAAGGCUGGAUGCCGGGCAUGGAGGAGAACAAGCAGAAGACGGACGUCCACUACAGGUCUCUGGACGGAGAUGGCAACUUUAACUGGAGGCUCAUCUUUGACUUUGAGUACCUGCCAGCUGAACAACUCUGCCUGGUUUCCAAGAAGGAGCAAUUCUGGAGUCUCGACAACACAGAGUUCAGGAUUCCCCCCAAGCUUAUUGUCCAAAUAUGGGAUAAUGACAAAUUCUCACUGGAUGAUUACCUUGGCACUCUGGAGCUGGAUCUGCGUAACCUGGUUGCUCCUGCAAAGACCCCAGAGAAGUGCUCUCUGAAGAUGAUGGAUGAUUUGGAAAUAGGAGCGCCACAGAAAUCAGAGCAAGCCAAGUCUCUGUUUGCUCAGCAGUCAGUCCGAGGCUGGUGGCCGUGUUCUAUUGAACAGGAUGGACAGAAGGUCCUGGGCGGAAAGGUGGAGAUGACACUGGAGAUUGUAGGUGAAGCACAAGCAGAUGAGAAACCUGCAGGAAAGGGCAGGGACGAACCCAACAUGAACCCCAAACUGGACCCUCCCAAUCGUCCAGAAACAUCCUUCUUUUGGUUCACCAACCCAUGCAAGACCAUGAAGUUCAUCGUGUGGAGAAGGUUCAGGUGCCUCUUCAUCGGACUCAUCCUCCUCACCAUAGUGGUGCUCUUCCUCGCCAUCCUGUUGUACUCUUUACCGAACUAUAUCUCAAUGAAGAUCGUGAAACCACUACAAUAACCCGGCGCAGUGGAACUGGAAGGGGCGACAGGAUGGUCACACUAACUGGGCGCAUCUACUGCCAAACAAUCUUAAUAUCAAUAUCUUUUUUGACUGCCUCUAGUAUUUUAUAAAGGUCUAAAUGGGAAGGGGUGCUUGCACAAUUGCACUAUGUUAUCAUAUUUUACUAUGAGCACUUACUCUACACCGCUAAACUGUGACAGACUCUUAAGCAAUACAUUUGUGAUGUUUCCAACACUGCUUUUAUCACACACACGUACACACAACUAGAACCCCUUGUACAGUUUAAUUACAAUCGUCCUGUAAUCAACCGUUAAUUUGAUGGUAAAAGUGAGUGGGUGGAAUUCAAGGCUGCAUUUAAGGGUUAUGUUGUAUAUGAUUGCACAUUAAUGUAAGGUGUUUCUACUAUUUUGGCAUUAUAAAUCUAAAUUAGCUGAUUAAUAGCAAUUGAUGAUUAUGAGAAAAAAAAGUUUCACCAGGGUAGUAUUUAUUACAGGACUGUUUCAUUACAAUGUACAAGGGUUUCUAGUCAACGUAAUCGUGCCAAAAACUAAGACUUCCGCUACCAACAGUCGUGUUUACCGUGUGUCUUUUGUAUAUUACAUUUCACAAGUCUUUUAAAUAAAAAUAACAUUCAA